AUGGCAUCGCAUGGCGACCACGAAGACGGCGAGAUCGUGGAGGAGGAAGACGACGUCUCUGUCUCCGUCUCCGUCCUCCCCACCCCUUCUUCUUCCGUGCAAGGACCUACGCCCGUCGUCGUCUCGUCUGCCAGCUCCCCGCUGCUCCCGACACCCAGUAGCACGUCCCGCAAGCGUCUCCAUUCGUCCUUGAUACAAAGCUCAAGAGCUCCCGUGUCCACGUCCGCGUACGACACGCGCCCGUCUUUGUGCCAUCGAGCAGUGGCGCGGUACCGCCCAUCGAUUCCAUCAAAUGGGUACAUAAAUGACCGCAGAAAGAGCGACGACCAGCAAGAUAUGGACCGCCGGGUGUUUUAUACAGAGGACUUGAUUAUUAAGUAUCCGAGACAAGAGCCACGCAGUCACGUGCUGCUGAACUUUGCAACGUGGAUGGCAAGUGUCUCAUUUAGGAAACGACUGGAUGUUGAAGACGUGCGAAAGCUCGUGCUGCAGGUGCUGAGAGGAGGCAGUAGGACUGAAGAAGGGGUUGUGAGCCCUUUUUUGCUGCCGUCUUUGAUGCCUGGUACACCACUGCCUGACAAGGUUGUUAUGGUGCUGCUCGAGAAGAUGCACCCCUCAGUGGUGCAGAAAUACCGACCCAAGUUGAGCUUUUUUGAUAGCUGUUCGAGUGUUCCAGUCGUGCUGACAAAACAGGAGCUAAAUCAAGUGCGAAGGGUGGAGGCGCCCGUGCCAGAGUUAGUGUACAGGUUUCCACGACCAACGGUUGAUACUCGUGAAUUGUCGAUGGACGAACUGUUUUACGCUCAUGAGCUGACGUUCUUGAUGAAGCACUCGGCUGGAUUCACGGAUGAGCUGGUGCUCUCGCCAAUUGGCACUUUUAUACGCAAGACGCAGCCUGUUGGAGGGACGUGGGAACUUGACGGCGACUUGCUGCAUUUGAAAUGGAGACAGCGCUCGAUGAAAGUGGCGUCUGGGGCUGAGGAUGACAAGGUAGCAAGUCAGGACGUUGGGACAGAAGAGGAAGACGCCAACGCGUACACGCUAGAUGUGCUUGUAAGCCAGGAUGCGAGUAUGCACGAAUUUCGAACCGAUUCAGUGACAGAUGAGGCCUAUGCCCACAAGGUGCCAGAACAUUUGGCGAAGAAACGUCGUGGGAACGACAAGCCGCGCUCCAUCUGGCUAUCUCUCGCAAAAGCGAUCGCUGUUGGCGUUCCUCGAUCUGCCGAUGGGACAGUGAUUCAGCAUAAUCGAGUACAAAUGAAUGGCACAUCAAAGCAUCAACACGAUUCCACUUCAGCUGACGAAAACGACACUGAGGAAAAGAGCGAAAAAGAGGAGUUGAAACGCGAGGCGUUUGAGUAUUACCUGCUUUCGCUCGAAGAAAUGAAGCAGCACGGUUAUCCGAUAGACGCGGAAGAAGAACAGCGUCAGCUGAUGGAAGCUACGGACGGGAACACGCGCGAUAAAUUUGUGGCAACAGCUGCUCGAUCAACAGUUGCAGCCGAAGACUCUGCCUCAGGUGACGACAAAGAAGGGGCGGCGGUAGAAACGAACGAGACGAUGGUGGAAGCGUCGGAGAGUAGUUGUUUUAUCUAUGCACUGGACUGUGAAAUGUGCGAGACGGACAUUGGCAUGGAACUUACGCGCGUAACGGUUGUUGACAUCAAGGGCACCGUCGUGUACGAUCAACUUGUAAAGCCACAAAGCACGAUCAUUAAUUAUCACACUGCAUUCAGUGGAAUCUCAGCAGAGACAUUGCAGGACACGAGUUGCAUUGUGGCUGAUGUGCAGCGGGAUUUGACGACACAAUUUCUUAGCAAGGAUACGAUCCUUGUGGGCCACUCUUUGACAAGUGAUCUACGCGCUCUGCGUUUGGUGCAUCUGAAGAUCGCUGACACGUCUAUCUUGUUUCCUCAUCAACGCGGCUUUCCAUUUCGCACUUCGCUGAAGUAUUUGACAAAGACCUAUUUGAAGAAAGAUAUCCAGAUGCAGAUCGAAGCUGGACAUGACUCGGCAGAGGACGCCAUUGCGUCACUGGAACUGCUGCUUAUGAAGGUUCGCGAAGGGCCCUGGCUCGGCAUUCCUGAGGCAGUUUCCUCGAGCAGUGCUUUCGAUUCAAUUGUGGACAAGGUCUUUGCACUCGACAAAACGAUGGCAAUGCUUCGUUUGCAGAGCAGCGGUAAGCCCGAGAAAGAGGCACCAAGUGACAGUGGAGACAAUGUUGCAUCAGAGCGAAAGCCAUGGGAUUUAUACGCGAGCGGCGAUUUGAAGGAUCAAUCGCAGAGCCCUUUUUGCCAUGCUCAGGCAGUAAAGAGUAAGGCUGAUGCGUGCGCGUCAGUCCCGUCCACUACUUCGGCAGGUGCUUUGUCGAAAGUUGAGCUAUGUUCGUCGUGGGAGGUGCUGAAAACAAGUCUCCAGAAAGCCUUGAGUACCGAGCAGCCCGAUUUGUGCUGGGUUGAAAUCGAGCCCCCAAGCGCAAGUGCAGCGCUGUGUAAUGACUUCGUAGACAAACACGAAUCGUGGAUGGCCGAACAAAAAAUCUACUGCGAAAAGGUGGAUGCGUUUUUGCAGCAAAUCUGUGAUGAAGCACUGCCCAAAGGCACGCUGCUGUUAGUCCUUCCUCAAGGUGAUUUGAGCUUGUUGCGGUAUCUCAAGGGUCUGCGGACGCGCUCUAAGUGGCGCGACUCCGGUCCAAGCUACGAUGACCUUGCACCCGAAAAGUUGCACGCUGCGGUGGGAGAUGCUUUUCGCGGUGUGAUGGACAGCUGCUUGUUUAUGAAGCAGAAAUAA